GAGUGUUUGUGGGUAUUUGUGUGGGGAGGGCGUUUGGAGGGAAGGUUACCGGGAGCUCCAAGGCCGAUGGGGGGCAGGGAUCCCGGUGACAAAGAUGGGGGUAUUUUCUUUGUCUUCCACUUGGAAACCUCAGCACCCCCUUCAGGCACCCUAGACACUUCCUGGGGCCCAACCGAAGGUCGUAAACAUCCAGAGCGACUCCAGCCUUUCUGAGGAGUGAAACCCAAGUCCCGGGGUCCAUCCCAGCGGAGCGUGAGCGGGGAAUGCCCCGGUCAACCGGGCCGUCCGGAUUCCGCGCCGGCGCAGCCUCGGGCCUCAGUUCGGGAGAGAGAUCUGUCUGUCGGUCUGGGCUGAGGGAAAGGCAGCGGUGGCCUGGGCCACUGGUGAGGGCAGAAUAACCGGUGGGAAGCCUGCGUUUUCACGAAGGACUCGGGUGAAGCUGCAGAGCUGACUUUUAGCCCUGACUCCUUGGCUUCCUGGGUCGGAGGAGAUCUUGUAAUGGAGUGGUUCUUCGUCUCACACUAACAAGAUGCCUGAUAUCCUCAGGAUCGUGGGAUUGAAGAAUGUCCCGGGUCCCAUUGGGGAAAGUCCUCCUGAGGAAUGUCAUCCGGCACACAGAUGCUCACAAUAAGAUUCAGGAGGAAUCAGAUAUGUGGAAAAUAAGAGAACUGGAGAAACAGAUGGAAGAUGCUUACCAGGGAACCAAAGGGAAAAUGUUACCCAGCAGUUCAAGCCGGAUGCGCAGUGAUGGUUUUGAUGAAGAAAGUCAAAGAGACUAUUGGAGGCCAAAGAAUGAAAUUUCUGGGACACUGGAAGAUGAUUUUCUUAAGGCUAAAUCCUGGAACAAGAAGUUAUAUGAUUAUGAAGCUAAUAUGCCUGACAGAUGGGGUCACAGUGGUUAUAAAGAGUUAUACCCUGAAGAAUUUGAAACAGACAGUGAUCAGCAAGAUAUUACCAAUGGGAAAAAAACAUCUCCCCAGGUAAAAUCAUCUACCCAUGAAUCCCACAAGCACAAGAAGUCAAAGAAAUCCCACAAAAAAAAGCAGAAAAAAAAGUCACACAAAAAACAGAAGAAAAGCAAAAAGGAAGCCACAGAUAUAACAGCAGAUUCCUCAAAUGAGUUCUCAGAAGAAACUGGGGCUUCCAGUACCAAGAAAAGGAAACAACCACAUAAACGCAAGAAAAAAUCCAGGAAAAAGUCUCUCAAAAAAUCUGUUUUAUUCUUAGAGGCAGAAAGUGAGACUUCCCAGACAGAUGACUCAGCAUCUAGCAGUUCUGAGGAAAGUGAGGAAAGAGACACUAAGAAAACUAAAAGGAAAAAGAAAGAUAAAAAAGUCCAUAUCCCUAUGGCUAACAAUGAAAUACAGGAGAGGACAAACAAACGCACCAAUUGGAAAGUGGCCACAGAUGAAAGGUCUGCUGAGAGCUCAGAAGAUGACUAAAUGGGAAAGAAACAUUUUUGUUUCCCACAUAACUCUGGAUAUUUACAGCUCUUAACACCUUGGGGUUUUGUCAGACUUGUUCAGCACAGGGGGCCUGAGGUCAGAGCUGUCUCGUGCCAUCUAUGUAUGUUCUGACAGAUUUCUUGUCUUCUACUUUAGCCUGUUAAACUUGAUCCCCUUUUCUUGUUAAUAGGGAAUCCAGUAUUUUGUUAUGAAGGUUUCUUGAAGAGAUUAUUUUUUGCAAUUAAUCACAUUUAGUGUAGAGUACAUACACAGCAAAUUAAACGACCCAGAAAGCUGAA